UCACCUGUGCGGGCGCGGCCGGCGGCAGCCGCGGGUGUCGGUGCCGGGAUGCGCUCCAAGAGGCUCACCACAGAACCUCCAUGUAUAACAGAAGAAAUGUUAGAAGAAUGCCUAGCCACAGAUGAUAUGCUUGUGGACUACUUUAAUGAAUUUUUGAGUCUUCCGACUUUUGCUCAGCCAGUCAAGUUUAACUCAGAUGCUGGGGCUUUUGAAGUAGUUAAUUAUGCCCCACAAUGCCUGGAAAGCCAACCGAAAAAGAUUCUACACGAUCAAAAACCUCCAAGCCCCAUUUAUGAUGUUCUAAGCAAAGAAAAGAAUGAUGGGCAGCUCUCCAAAACGCACAGUGUUUCCUCAAUCUUCAGUAUUGAUCCAAAUUACAACACUAUGCAACUCGAUCAAGAACAAGCAAUUGAGUGGAUUAAGAAAGAAAGGCUUCCAGCAUUUCUAGAAAGUGACUGUUACUUUGAAUACAGACUAGCUAAACUGAUAUCACAGGUAGAAUGGAGCAAGACUGGCAUUAAUUUCAUUAUAGAUAGUGACUACUGUCCCUGGAUAUGGAAGCAAAUCCCAAGUUCUCCCCCUCCUGAGGAGGAUGACUCUUCAUUGACUUCAGUGACUAUGCAGAAGUUCUAUGUAUCACUUGGCGAGGCUACAGUUUCUCAGGUAAAGGAUUGGUUUACAUUGGCAAAACAAGGUGAUUCUGUGAAAACUACAGAUUCAUCUAUGCAUCCUGUAGUUUCUAGUAAAAUUCAAGAUACUCAGCAUUUGCCUAGGCAGCAUAAAAGAGAUGAAUCAUUACCUGAAAAAGGUUCCCUUCUGGGGAAGGCAUCUACAAAAGCUGCUGUUACCAGUGAGAGAUCCAAAGAGGCUGAGGAAGGUUUCUCUGUGGUCAUUGCUGCACCUUCCUCCUAUACGCAGUCAAGAGUUUAUCUAGACCCAAAAUGGCUCAGCGCAGCAAAAAAAGAAAAUGAACAGAGAAGCACGGCUUUUCACACAGCAGAAGAAUUCAUACCAGCAUCCUCUCAAAUUGCAAUGAAGGAGCCCAUCUCAGAACUGACCCACCAGCCAGCUGCUGAUAUUGAAGCCUUGGACUCCAAGGAAGAUGUAAGAAAACAAGGUCCUGAUCAAGUAAGCUUAAGUUCUGAAAGUGUUGGGCCAGACAGCAGGGCUGCCUGGUGUAUUAGUCACGGGACUUAUGACACUGGCAACAGGCAUGAGUUUGAAAGAUUCAAGAAGUUCAUUAAAGGAACACCUGGGGAGAGGUACUGGUGGCUCUGGAUGGAUAUUGAAAGACUAAAGGCUCUUAAGAACACUACAAGGCAACAAAGGCAACUCAGUAAGAUGAAAAAACUGUACCUACUGAGCAGUGGAGACUAUUUCCUCAGUUCUGAAGUGUUGCUCAGACUUGAACUAAUGCAUGGACAUCAGUGGAAUAUAAUGCAUUUAAGACAGAUUCAGCCUGAAGUACUGAAACCACUACUACUUUACUGGGGCCCCAGAUUUUGUGUCACUCAUUCAACAGCAAUAGAUGCUGCCAGUGCAAAACUGAAGUUCUGGCACACAUGUCAGGAGAGACCAAGAGUGGACAUUGAUCCUUUCCCACGUAUAGUAUCAUUGUUACCAUUGUCCCAAACGUCUGACAUACCACCUUCCCUUUUUCAGAGAAAAACUGCUGCUGGCAGUGUUGUCUUCAGAGGACCAGGAAUUGAAAGCAUGCUGCAGUCUCUUUAUUUGGAGAACAGAGCAGGCUACUACUUCACACAGUUCUGUGAGAACUCAGGCAAUCAGUUGUGGAAGAACUGUGUGUACUUUUGGUUCGACCUACAGGCUUAUCAUCAGCUUUUUUACCAAGAAACCCUUCAACCUUUUCAAAUAUGCCAGCAAGCUCAAUUCCUUUAUGCAACUUACAUUGCUCCAUCUGCCAGCAUGGACACUGGACUUCAUCAGAAUAAGAAAAAUAUGAUUUAUGAAAAAAUUGAUCCAGCUUUUGAGGACCUUUUUGACCCAGCAGAAGAACAUAUCCUCACUAUUCUGCUGGAACCGUGGGUGAAGAUGGUGGAAGCAGACAAAUACACUUAUAGAAAGGUGGAGUUGGUGGAAGAAACUCAACAGCUGGACUCUGUGUACUUUAGAGAGGUCCAGGCUUUGCAUCAAGCGAGUAGUUCCAAGAAGGAUGAGAGUACUGUUGCUGACAAGGGAGCCCUCAAAGAAGAUCAGCACUUGCAUCAAGCUCCUAAAGAAUUAGCAGGUCUAAAUCUAUUUGACCUGAUCCAUGACAAAGAGAAGUUAGAACAGUUCCGGGCUUUUCUUAAUAAGCAUUCUGCUAGCAUGGAUCUCAUGUGCUGGCUAGAUAUUGAAGAGUUCAAAAAGACACUCGACAAGGAUAAAGAAAAAAGUAAUGAAAAAUCUAAAGACAUUAAAACCAAGUACUUAAACAACAAGUACUUCUUUGGACCAAACAGCCCAGCUACCAGAAAACAACAAGAAAAGCUAAUGCAUUCAGGUGGAGGAAGGAGACAAAGCCUUCAUGAUCAACUUUCGGCAGCGGUUCUGCUAGAAGUUCAGCAGUGCGUCCAGAAGAGAUUAGAAAAACAAUGGCUGCCAUUGUUCCUGGCAGAUGAACACCAAGGGGCAGAGGGACAAGCAAAGAUAAGGGACGCAACUGAAGAUCUUUCACACAAAGACCAGCAAAAGACAACCAGUAUGCGGAAGCAUGUGGACAAUAAGAGUGUUUCUUCAUCUAGUGAAAUAAUUGCUUUCCGCAAAGCGCUGUUGGAUCCAGUGACAGCAAAUCUGUUUCAGCGCUUUGUGGCACUGAAGGGAGACCGACUGGGGAAUGGAGUGCUCUUUUGGCAGGAGGUGCAAAAGUAUAAGGACUUGUGCCAUUCUCAUUGUGAUGAUACCAUGGUUCAGAAAAAGAUCACAGCUAUUAUUGACUGCUUUAUUAAUUCUGCCAUACCCCCAGCUUUGCAGAUUGACAUCCCACCUGAACAAGCAAAGAAGAUUGUGGAGCGCAGGAAAGAACUAGGACCUUAUAUUUUUAGAGAGGCACAGAUGAGUAUUUUUGCUCUUCUGUUUAAAUUUUGGCCAGAAUUUUGUGAGCUCCAAAGCAAUCCAGAUAGUGAGAAAAUUCUAGUUACCUUGGAGAAAAAAAAGGAAAAAGAGAUGCGAAAGAAGGAAGGGAUAACAGCAAAGCAUUCGCAGGGUAAAGAAGCAGAGAGAAAACUCACAAACUUGGCUCAACUGAAGUCUUUGACUCAGCUCAAGUCCUUGACUCAACGUAAGUCAUUGACUCAACCUGAGCCCUUGACUCAGCUUAAACCCUUGACUCAACUGCCAAGGAGUGUUUUGCUAGAUGAGCUUGAUGUGAAGAGAAAAUCACCAGUAUCUUUACCACCUAAGGAUGGACAGGGGAGGAAGGCUUCCUGGAACUAUUCCAAGUACAUAGAAGCCUUGGAGCAGGAAAGAAUACUCAUUAAAAGACAAGAAGAUCUGGAGAAAACCUCAUCAUCACUCCCUGCAGGUUCCUUGUCUAUGCCCUCCCUGAAGCCUGAAAGUUUUGUUAAAGCCACCAUUCCUACGAAGCAGAAACCCUGAAUCUUCCCAAGAAGCAGGAAAGUAUAUUAAAAUCUCUCUGAGGAAGGGAAAGCAGAGACAUUCAUUGGAGGUGGCCAGGAGACACAAAUGUAAUGUGCAUGCAAGGUUUGUUCUUACAAUUACAGAGAAAAGACGAUGACUUGGAAUAUUAUUAAGAACCAUGAGAUGAAAGGUAGAAAAUAAACAUCUUCUAGUGUGUUCCAUAUAAACCUGAUUGUGA